AUGGUUAAUAAUUGGAAUAGUGCUGGGUGCACAGGAAGCUCUAAGUGUUAAGCAUGUGGCCACAGCCUCCCCUGUCCCCUCCUCCUCCUGUCUCCUCUUUGCUGCUGCCCUGCUGCCUUGAUGGGAUACUCCCCUUCUGUCUCUGUUUGUCUGUCUGUCUGUCUGCCUGUCUCAUCCCCUUUUCUUUCCUCUGUUCCCCCACCCCCACCACUGAUGCAGUUUGGACCAAGUUUUCUUCAGCCAGCUAAUUUAGAGACAAGGGGAACCUGGAUAUUUAAUGGGGGCUUGGGGGACUUCCUUACAGCCGCAGGUCUCUGUGAAAAGGGCCCUGGAUGAUCUCUGCAAAAGCCCACCUGCUGCUGGUUAGCCAGGACCAUCUCCGCUUUCAGACACCAGCUUCAUCCAAACACUCUUUGCUGUAUUUAUAACCACAGUGCAUUUUCUCGGGAUGCACAUCUUAUGGCUUCUUGGCGCCUUCGCCCAGGGUGCACUGCCUGGACCAUCGCCCUCCGGCAGAGACAGUGUCUUUCUUUGUGUGUUCUCCUUCCUCUGGUGGAGAUGUGGCUUGGUCAUCUGGCGUGGGGCCCAGAAGUCGCCUCGGCUUCGUGGAGGCUCGCUGUCCCCAUGGCAGAAAGCUCGGCCACACACCCUGAUGUCUCGACACCUUUGAGCUGCCCGUGAAUGGGUUUUCAGAGCUUCCCGUGUUUACUUCGCUGCAUGCCUCUGUUUGUGCUCUGGAGAAAUUCUUGGCAGAGGAAAAGCCAAGUGGAAAACAGCCGUGCUUGGUGUCAGGGCUUGAGGUUGAGGGAGAAAGACUGAAACGGAGAUUUGCAUGAACUGUUUUGCGCAUGUGA